GCACCACCGAGCUUAUAAGGUCUGCGUCUGCUGGAUAGACUGUAGAUGGCUUUCUGGAAAGAGGUUGCUGAUGAGUUCUUCUGGAAGAAGCCUGCAACAGCACCGAUGCUGCAAUACAACUUCGAUGUGACGAAAGGGAGCGUUUAUGUGAAAUACAUGGAGGGAGCCAAAACCAACAUGUGCUAUAAUGUCUUGGACAGACAUGUGAGGGAGGGGAGCCUUGGUGAAAAGGUUGCCUAUUACUGGGAGGGAAACUCACCUGAUCAUCAAAUGGCCAUCACCUACAGCCAGCUGCUGAGCCAUGUCUGCCGCUGUGCUAACGUGCUGAAGCAAAUGGGUGUGAAGAAGGGAGACAGAGUGUCUAUCUACCUACCGAUGAUCCCAGAGCUUGUGUACACAAUGCUGGCCUGUGCCAGGAUAGGUGCUGUUCACUCUAUUGUGUUUGCAGGUUUCUCCUGUGAGUCUCUGUGUGAAAGGAUUGUGGAUGCCCAGAGUAGUGUACUGGUGACAGCAGAUGGUGUUUACAGGGGAGAGAAACUGAUCAACCUGAAGCAGAUUGCAACCGAGGCUCUGGAGAAGUGCCGGGGAAGAGGGUCAGCUAGUGUCACCAAAUGCCUCGUCAUCAAGCACCAUGCACUGAAGACAAAAAGUGGAGGUGCAUGCAACAAACUACAGACCCCCUGGGACUCACAGUGUGAUGUUUGGUGGGAUGAGGCCAUGAGGGACUCCUCUGAGGAGUGUGAGCCCGAGUGGCUGGAUGCAGAGGACCCGCUCUUUAUUCUCUACACCAGCGGCUCCACCGGCAAACCCAAGGGUGUUCUCCACACUGUUGCUGGAUAUCUGCUCUACACGUCGAUGACCUUCAAGUACGUUUUUGAUCAUCACCACGAUGAUGUGUACUGGUGUACAGCCGACAUUGGCUGGAUCACCGGACACUCCUACAUCACCUACGGUCCACUUGCAAAUGGUGCUACGAGCGUCCUAUUUGAAGGUAUCCCUGUUCACCCCCAUGUUGGCCGGUUCUGGGAAGUAAUUGAGAAGUACAAAGUGACCAAGUUUUAUACAGCUCCUACAGCCAUCCGCCUGCUGAUGAAGUAUGGACGAGAGCCACUACAGAAGUAUGACCUCUCCAGCCUGAGAAUUCUGGGUACUGUGGGUGAACCCAUCAACCCAGAGGCGUGGCAGUGGUACUAUGAAGUGGUUGGUCAAGGCAGAUGUCCCAUCGUUGAUACCUUCUGGCAAACAGAAACGGGAGGUCAUGUCUUGACUCCUCUACCUGCUGCUACACCGCUGAAACCAGGCUCUGCUACUUUCCCUUUCUUUGGGGUGGAGCCGACCAUCCUCAACGAGCACGGAGAGGAGCUGGAAGGUGAAGCUGAGGGUUAUCUGGUAUUUAGGAGGCCGUGGCCUGGAAUAAUGCGCACUGUGUUCAAGAACCAUGAGCGCUUCGAAAAUACCUACUUCAAGAAAUUCCCAGGCUUUUAUGUGACUGGAGAUGGCUGCAGGCGAGAUAAGGACGGCUAUUACUGGAUCACAGGGAGAAUAGACGACAUGCUGAAUGUGUCAGGCCACCUGAUGAGCACAGCGGAGGUUGAGGCGGCCUUGACGGAGCACGCAGCUGUGGCGGAGGCUGCGGUGGUGAGUCGACCUCACAAGGUGAAGGGAGAGUCCCUCUACUGCUUUGUCACCCUCAAAGACAGCAGGGAGUUCAGUCACACGCUGGUGGAUGAGCUCAAGAGACUGGGUGAGACCUUUGAUUAGGGUUAAAGUCCACUAACAUUCAUGCGUCUUUGUGUAUCAGUGGUCUCUUGUUUUGCAUUUGAUCUAAAAUAAAAUGUUAAAUUAAAUACAAAUACAACUUCUGCUGGAUUCAGUCCUGUGAAAAACUAAGCAGUAACUGUGCAGUAACUUGGCAUAAUUGUUUUUUGUAAGACUUUAUCAAUCUCUCGUACCUUUGGGAAGAACCCUGGCCCACUCUUCUUUACAGCGUUGUGUCAGUUCAUUGAGGUUUGGAUAGGUUUGUUGCCCUCUUAUGGUCCCGCCACAGCCUUUCAAUCAGGUUUAAGUCUGGACUUUGACCCGAUAUUUGCACCUUGAUUCUUCUCUUUUUCAGCCACUCUGUUGUGGAUUUGCUGGUGUGCUUGGACAAUUUUAGCCAAGUGUUCAGCUUUUGGACAGAUGGCCUGAUAUACAAAAAGAGUUCUUGGUGGAUAAAGAAACUGCAAGGUGCCCAGGUCCUGUGACUGCAAAACCAGCCCAGAUCAUCUCCACUUGACAGUUCGUGCGAAGUGUUCGUGCUGUGUUUUUUUUGUUUCCCAAUGUGGGGUUUGUACACUUUGGACAAACAUCUCCACUUUGGUUUCAUUUGUCCAAAGAACAUUUGUUAAGAUGCAACUUUCCUAACAUAAGCUGUUCUUCCAUGUUCUUUUUGAUAGAAGAGGCUUUCUCCCGCUAUUCCUCUUAACCAAAGGUAUACCUAUUCAGUCUUUUUCUAACUGUACAGUCAGAACAUUCAACAUUUGACAUAUUAAUCGAGGCCUGGACUCUCUGACAUGCAGCUCUUUGGGUUUUUUUUGCUAGCCUUGGGGUGAAUUUGUUUUAUUGAGGUGGUCAAUGAGAUGGUAAUUAAAUGCUACUUACCCACUUAAUUGCUAUGGAAGCAGUAAGGAUGUACUCGGUUUUUUGCAGGACUGAAAAUUAAUACAGCUUAAGAAAACUUGCCCAGUUGUGGUAAAAAAGACAUUGUCUGGUCUAAUUCUUCUUCUUAUUUUUACUUCUUUAUCAAGAAAGACCAACAGUAAGGGAUACACUUUUGUCAAAAGGUUAAAGUGUCUUUAUUAUAGUAUCUAAAUCACUCAGGACAUUGAAGUUGACUACAUGCUGUAAACCGAAAACCUAAAAAAAUACCCUUUGGGGGUAUAAUACAUGGGUUUUCAAAUAAGUUUCCCCAACUUUUUUAUGCUUCCUGUUUCUGCACCAACAGAACAUCGUACUUUAAUACUUUUAUUAUUUGGCUUUGAAAUAGCCAAAUAUGAAAGUUCAUAUGCAGUUCAUUUACAGCCAACUGUUUAUGUUACAGGGUAAGUUAUUUUAUUAUAUGGUAAAU